ACAGAGAGAGAGAGAGAGAGAGAGAGAGAGAGACUCUCAGUAUUUAAACAAAGGGAUAGUGUAGGCGUUGAAGUUCGUGGAAGCCAUGGCUAAAGAAGAAGCAAGCUCAGUCGUCUCUGAUUUCAUCAACUUCUUAAACUCUUCCCCAACUGCUUUCCACGCCGUUGAGGAGGCAAAGAAGCUGUUGAGAAGCUUUGGGUAUGAGCAAGUUUCAGAGAGAGAGGAUUGGAAAUUGGAAGCUGGGAAGAGAUACUUUUUCACGAGGAAUCACUCUACGAUUGUUGCUUUUGCAAUUGGUAAAAAGUAUGUUGCUGGAAAUGGAUUCCAUAUAGUUGGUGCUCAUACCGAUAGUCCUUGUCUGAAACUGAAGCCUGUUACCAAGGUAAGUAAAGCUGGGUUUUUGGAGGUUGGUGUCCAGCCAUAUGGUGGUGGCUUGUGGCAUACUUGGUUUGAUCGUGACUUAACAAUUGCGGGAAGGGUGAUAAUUAGAGAUGAAAAAGAUGGUUCUGCUUCCUAUUUGCACCGUCUGGUUAGAAUUGAGGAGCCGAUAAUGCGGAUCCCAACCCUGGCAAUUCACUUAGAAAGGGGUAUCAAUGAUGGAUUUAAGGUGAAUACGCAGACUCAUCUUCUUCCCGUCUUGGCAACAUCUAUUAAGGCAGAGCUCAAUAAAGAGGUUGCUGAAAAUGGUCCAGUUGAAAUUGAAGUUCAGACUGACGAAAAGAAAACAAAGGAGAAAACUACCACUAAAAACUCAAAUCAUCACUCACUCCUAUUACAGCUUCUUGCAAGUCAGGUUGGCUGUCAACCAGUUGAUAUAUGUGAUUUUGAAUUACAAGCAUGUGAUACUCAACCAAGUAUUGUAGCUGGUGCCAUGAAAGAAUUCAUUUUCUCUGGGCGACUUGACAAUCUUUGCAUGUCAUUUUGCUCUUUAAAGGCAUUGAUCGAUGCUACAUCUUCUGAAAGCAGCCUUGAGGAUGAGACUGCUGUUAGAAUGGUGGCCUUGUUUGAUCAUGAGGAGGUUGGGUCUAACUCAGCCCAAGGAGCUGGGUCUCCUGUCAUGCUAAAUGCUUUAUCACGAAUUACCAAUUCCUUUGGUUCAGAUCCUAAGUUAAUUGAGAAAGCGAUCCAGAGGAGUUUCCUAGUAUCUGCUGACAUGGCGCAUGCAUUACACCCUAAUUAUAUGGACAAACAUGAAGAUAAUCAUCAGCCUAAGUUGCAUGGAGGGCUUGUCAUUAAACACAAUGCAAAUCAACGCUAUGCAACCAAUGCAGUCACUUCCUUCAUAUUCAGAGAGAUAGCUACACAGCAUAACAUUCCUAUUCAGGAUUUUGUGGUCCGCAAUGACAUGGCAUGUGGUUCAACCAUUGGUCCUAUCCUUGCAAGUGGUGUGGGGAUCCGUACAGUUGAUGUAGGUGCACCACAGCUAUCAAUGCACAGUAUAAGAGAAAUGUGUGCCGUAGAUGACGUGAAGCAUUCGUAUGAGCAUUUCAAGGCCUAUUUCAAAGAAUUCUCUCAUCUUGAUGCAAAGAUAACGGUUGACAUAUAGGUCUCUGAUCAUCUUUAGAACACAUUCAGAACAAUGUUGUGAUUUAAUACGUGAAACAAUGUUAGAUCAAAUAGAAUGUUGUGUAUUUGCCAAGUACUCAGCAGAUUUCAAAUAAAGUUCCAUCAAUGAAUGCUACUUAAAUCAUUUUGCUUCAAAAUGAUAUCCUUUUGUGGUUCA